CUCUCUCUGGAUUAACCAUUGUCUUUUUCCGUAAAUUAAUUAAUCACUCCUGUGUCCUUUAUGCAUGUUGUCAAUUAAGAUAUCCUUUAACAUUAAACAAAGGUGGUUGGGAAGAUUUUGUACGCAAGUUAGAUUCGUUCAUGCAAGGUGUAUGUAUGUGUGAAUGCGUGUGUAUGUGUGUGUGCUUACAGUCUCUUUUUCAAAAAUCAAAUGGUGGCCCCCCACACUUGAGGUUCUGGACACAUCACAAAGAUAGAAAUUUUUUAUUGAUUACAAUUAAAAUAAACAAAAGAAAAUCAAUAAUUAAACAAUAGUUUUGACAUGGUAUGUAAGCUCACAAUGUUGACUAGACUAUUCUGGGAUUAAGAUAUUUGAACCAUUAAUAAAGUUGUAAACCAAACCAUUGAAUAAGGUGAUCAAUGUGUGUGACAGUGAUGACCUUUGGAAGGUUUGUAUUGUGGCUUAUGUGGUUUGAAUAUGCAUGGAUGGUUCAUUUUGUGUUGGCAAUUCUUUUCUUUGUAGUGUAGCAUCAUGGCUAUGCCUAUGGGGCCACGUUUUGAUUUUCGGUUGUGGUGUAGCUGUUACCAGUUUGUAUUCUGAACUUAUCUCAUAUAUUUAAUAAAUGGUCCUGUUUUACAGUGUCAGCAUUGUUCUGACUGAACAGUGCAUGUUGGUAUGAGUUCAUGAUGCAUUAUUAAUGUAAAAAAAUCAAUCUUGUAACUAGCAAGAUUAUUUUUUGCAAGCAGAGUUUGAGGAUACAUAUUUAUGGAUGGAUAUCAUUUCUUCUCAUUUAUUGUCUCACUAAUUAAAACGAGGCUCUUGGUUUCACAAAGUUUUUUUUUUUCUCUUUUCAACAGUAGCACUCUCUCUCUCUCUCUCUCUAUAUAUAUAUGUGUUUUGUGUUACAUGCACGCAUGGCAGGUCCCUAGAGCAGAAGCAAACACUGCCAUAUGGGAGGGAAAAAAUUUCCUCUUCAUUGGAGAAGUGUUUCAAAAUUUGAUAAGCUUUUCAUCAAAUGAAGAGAGAAGAGGGGAUAGAUGUUAGAAAGAUGAUGGAGCAUAAAAGGAGUCCCUGCUCUGUUGACCAAAGCAGUUAUACUUCUAUUGCAUCUAAAAGGCAAAAGGCUGAUUUAUCUAUCAGCACUAAGGAGAGGAAGGAGAAGAUUGGGGAACGAAUUGUUGCUCUUCAGCAGCUUGUUUCACCAUAUGGAAAGACAGAUACAUCUUCUGUUCUAAAGGAGGCAAUGGAAUACAUAGGAUUCCUUCAUAAACAAGUUAAGCUGCUCAGUGCUCCAUACCUUGAAACUUCAGCAGCAGCCAAGAUGCAGGGUAUGGAAGCAUGCAGCCUGAGGAGUAGAGGGUUAUGCCUUGUUCCUGUGUCAUUUACAAUUGGAGUUGCUGAGAGCAAUGGUGCAGAUAUCUGGGCUCCCAUCAAAACUACUACUUCACCUAAAUUGGAGAAUGAUGUGUCUCAAUUUCAUUGACAAAGUUUCUCACUUUUAUUGCAGCCUAAAGGUUGCUAUGCUAAGUUGCUAAAGCAGUGUAGUGGCAUGAAAAUUUGUCAUCAUACAUCUAGAUGGAAUCCUCUAAUAGCUAAAAUAGUUAAAGCAUUAAAAGAACUCUCUAGUCAUGAAGCUGUUCCAUACCUUUAAGAUUUUAAAUGGGUGAUGGGGCUAAGCUUCCAAUUAGCCAAAUGUGUCCUUAAUUUCUUGUGCUGAUUAUUAAGUGUAUAUCUCAAAAUUUCUAGUUGUAUAAUGAUUCCAUGUACUGAUUAGCUUAAUGAAAGUCGUUUCUUGAUUUGAUGAAAGAAACACUGUCAAUGUUUCACUGUCCU